UAUCCUUAAGUAUUUCAAUAAACAAUGCAGCGGAUUUCAAAUUAACUUGAUAUUUUGACGGUGGCCACUGUGGUAGUCUUCAUUCAGCUGUGUUUAUGGAAACCUUCGUAUUAUCAGCUCAUGAAAAGUUGACUAUCGUUGUUGUUUUGUAUUGUUUACAAUAUUUAAAUUCAGUGGGUUGUGAUAUUCAAAAAAGAAAAAUCAGUUAGGGUGUUGGAAAGGAAGGAGCCUGCUUCAUGAAACAGAGUUGGAAAGGAAGAAGCCUGCCUCAUGAAACAGAGUUGAUCAUGAAUACAAACUUGCUCCUCAAAUUACUACAGACAGAAAGUCACAAAGUUAGCUUCGAGUUUAUGUAUUUAUGUAAAAUAUUUACUGGAAUUAUUAAAUAUUGUUUGUAUUUUUGCAUUUUAGGGACAUUAUAUGAUGGGGAAAAAUUUCAGCUAGAAUUUAAAUUUGGAUCUAAAUAUCCUUUUGAGUCACCUGAGGUAAAAAUGAUUUUUCCUGUUUCACCUUGUUGAGAUCUGCAUUUUAAAAAGUGUGGAGUUGAAUGAGUGUUGUUAGCCCAACUUCUUGGUAAUAGCGUUGAAGCAAUGCAUAUGCAUGAAAAAGUGUGCAACUACUUUUGCUGUGCUUUAACCCUUUAACUCCCAAGAUCUGAUUGUUAAUUCUCCCCUUUAGCUGCUACACAUUUCCUAGUAAAUUAGUUAUGAGAACUUGGUGCUAGAUCAAGAUAGCAGCUUCUACUCGACAAGUUUGAAUAUUCUCAUUACUUGAUUGCUGAAGAAUGUAUGGAUAUUGUAGGGAGAAGUUUUAUGUUAAUCACUUCUGAGAGUUAAAGGGUUAACCAUUUAAAUUCCAAGAUCUCGAUAGAAAUUCUCCUUUCUGUCUGCCUUGUAAUUCAAAUAAUGGGCAAAAAUUGGAGCAGUUAAUAAUCCCCUGAUUAAUGUUUUUUGUUAACCUCAUUACUUGUCUGCUUGAUAUUGUAUUGAGAUUGUAAGGAGAAAUUCUGCUGUGGUCACCUGUGGGAGUUAAAGGGUUAAAAGGAACCAAUCAAUAGAAAGCAUUUGUUUUAGGAAUUUGAAGGUUAUGCCACAUGCAAUAGAUCAUACAAACAGGAGGGAAAGAACUCUCACCUUCACAGCCACUAAGGAAAAUUCUUUUUCUUGAUGCAGGUAAUAUUUGGAGGGUCAAAUAUCCCUGUCCAUCCUCACGUUUACAGUAAUGGACAUAUAUGCUUGUCAAUCUUGACGGAUGACUGGUCUCCAGCUCUCUCAGUGGAAUCUGUCUGUCUCAGUAUUGUCAGUAUGCUAAGUAGCUGUCAAGAAAAGGUAAGCUCAAUUGUUCUUCCAGGCAGCAUGUAUAAAUGUUUUUUUAAUUCAUUUUUCCCACUCAUCAUCAUUAUUGAUACCCUGGGGAUUAAGAGUGCUAAUUUGAAAGAUAAAUAUUUGUUCUAGAGUUUUGUGGCUUUCUGAACUGCCUAGAUUUAGGGAAAGGCCACAGACUGCCAUAUGAUGCUUAGAAUGAUAAGGGAGAUUAAAGUGUCGAGUGACUUGUUUGGAUGCGUCCUUUUCAUUUCUUUCUGCAUUGUGUACAGCUUCCCAUGAAGCUUUCAACUGUUUAUUGCUGGAUCACUGAUUUCAUAUAAGUGUACUUUGCGCAGUACAAUAUUUUGUGAUUUUCAUAGUCGCUCGUUGACAUUGGCCAUGGAGCAUGAGCAAAUAGAUCUCUGAUGCCCGCUGAAUUGCCCUCAGUCAUCAGUAAGUCCCAUUACAGUGUUCUCCUUUUCAGGCAGUAACCGGUAACAUUUACUGCCUGUAGUACCUCUUAUUACUGUUUAAAAUUGCUUGGAAUUCUUGAAAAUUCAACUUGUAAAAGGCUUGCUUUACCAGUUUGAAAAUUUAUUUUACCUGUCAUGCUUAAAAUAAGGGAGAACACUGCAUUAGCUGAUAUGGAAAAGCUAAUUUAUAUGCAAGGAGAUGAUUAUUUUCUGUGAUAACAAUGCUUACCAUGGCAUUUGUCAGUAUAACUUAAAUUAUUUUAUUUAUUCUCAUUCUAGAAACUUCCUCCUGAUAAUAACUGGUAUGUUAAAACAUGUCAUAAAAGUCCAAAGAAAACAAGAUGGUGGUAUCAUGGUAAGUUUGGUAAACACAUUUUAGAGCUAAAGUUUGUUUAA